AUGUUCUCGAGACGUAGCAAAAGUCGCGAUAUCUUUCGCGUGACUGCCAUAGUCGCCGGCAGUCUGUUACUUCUUUAUAUCACUCUUCACUCGCUUUACGAUGCAAAACAUCAACUCGGACUACAAACAAGCAAAGGCGACGGCUCUUUGAGAACGCUCAAAGAAGACCAAGACCACGAUGCACAAGAUCUCAUUGAUCUCGACGCUGUGUAUAGUCAAGACUUCCAAGAAGACGAGGCCGAGGCCUCAGCUACCAGUGCCGAUCCGAGCAAGACAGCUGUCAACGACACUGGUAUCCCCAUUGAUCAGAGCAACGACAUGGACGACGAUUAUGAUACUCUCCCUGAACGUAUCGAUUACCACGAGAUAUUCUCUUUGACAACGACCAAUCGCAAAUUCAUUCCGGUAUUCACUGGUGGUGUUGGGAUAUAUAAUCCUAAUAUCAUUCCUCAUCCGACCGACCACACCCUGUGGAUCAUGAUUGCCCAGCACGAACAGAGUGGUGUAGAGAUAUUCGUCUCGGAAGAAAUGACUUGCAACGUGGGGCUACUGAACGAUGUCAUGGUUUGCACAGCGGAGCCGACUGUCAUACCUAUCGAGCCAUCCAUCACUGGCAAUUGCUCUGCAGAACUUGCAUACUUCAACGCUCGAGGGGGACCCCGCGAUGCGCGUAUGUACCAUGGUCCAGAUGCUCCAUAUAUCAUGUAUGGAUCGCAAUCGGCAUACUCAUGUAUUGGCAUCUGGAUCGAGGAUGCGCGCAUGCUGCUUGACGAUUUCCAUGCCGAAAGGUUUGUCGUACCCAAGCUCUUUACACAUGCGACAGAAGUGCAGAGACCUCCACCAAUAGGUGGCAUGGAGAAGAACUUUUUCCUCUUCUGGGACAGCGCCAACAAAGCCUACGUACACCAUGAGAUUCAUCCUCAUCGAGUAUUUGCUCAGUUAUCCUUCGACGGCUCCGUAGGGCCAAAUCUCGCUACAUAUUCUGCUGCGAAAGACGAUGUGUGUAUAGCCAUGUACAUGCCCCACUUGGCACCAGAUAUGGAGUCAAUUCACCAGGCUUCCAAUUCCCUCUCUAUAACCCUUUGUAAAAGGGCGGAUCCUGGUUGUAUUCCCAACGACUCGAAUACAUUCAUAUUCACCAUGUUUCAUCACAAAUCGUACCACGAUUGGCAUGGAGUCUAUGAACCAUACGUCAUGGUUUUCCAACGAGACGCGCCCUUCGCCAUACAUGCUAUAUCUCAACGUCCUAUCUGGAUACAUGGACGAGCUGAGUUGACCCGUGACACGCAUUCCCUGCUCUAUGAGAAUGGAAAAGAUAUUCCCGCAGGACAUACCGAGAUGUUCUAUAUCACGAGCAUCAGCUGGAAACUUCAUGGUCAGAAGUACCACGGCUAUCUGGACGAUCCACUGUUCUUGGCAUUCGGGAUAGAAGACACCAGGGCAGGACUUAUUGAUGUCAUGGCUGAAGAUUUGUUUUCGGAUCUGGGGUACUGUCCAGGGUUCAUGACUAGAUAG